AUGAUGAAUUCAAAAUUUAGAAGAUGGAAUCAGGUGAACAACUUUGAACACCACAGGGCUGGGAGAAUUAUUGUGCUUUGGAAUUCUCAGAAGGUGAAGUUGCAGGUGUUGGCAAUCAAUGCUCAGGUAAUCCAUUGUUAUGUAGUAUGCCCUAUUACUUCUAACAAGUUUGCUUUGAGCUUUGUAUAUGGUUUCAACUCAAUUGUUGCUAGGAGAACUCUUUGGCAGGAUCUGACUCAGUUCAGUCUCUCUUCUGAACCUUGGUUGCUCAUGGGAGAUUUCAACUAUGUCUACUCUACUGAGGGAAAAAAAAAUGGUAAUCCUGUUACAGAUUAUGAAAGCAAAGACAUCAAUGAAUAUUUUAGUGAUGUUGGGCUCUCAGAUUUGAAUUCCUCUAGUUGCUUUCUCAUGUGGAAUAAUAGGAAGGUGUGGUGCAAAUUAGACGGGGUUGUGGUUAAUGUGAAUUGGCUCCUCUCUAAUCGCAAUGCUCAUGCUAUUUUCCUUUUGCUAGGUCUUCUGUUAGAUCAUUCUGAUUGUAUUGUGUCUCUUUUUGAUGAAAAUGAUGCUGGGAAAAAACCUUUCAAAUUUUUCAACAUGUGGGCGAAUCAUUUGGAUUUUCAAAAGGUGCUAGCGAAAUCAAAAUAUUUGAAGGAUAGUGAUAAUAGUUCCUCCUUCUUUCACUAUUUGAUGAGAAGACAUACUAGUAGGAAUCACAUUUCCUCUGUUAAAAGAAGCAAUGGAGUCCUGACUACCUCUUACCAGCGAGUUGUGGAUGAAUUCCUCAGCUUCUAUAAGGGCCUUCUGGGUACAGAGUCUUCUUCCUGCUCUGUUGAUCCUUCAGUUAUUGCAAAGGGUAAGGAUUACAGGCCAAUAGCUUACUGUAAUGUGAUGUACAAGGUGAUCACAAAGAUUAUAGCUGGUAGAGUGAAGCCUUACCUAAAGAAGGCAUAUGACUCAAUUUCAUGGAAAUUUCUGAAGGAAAUGUUGGAUAAUCUGAAUUUCCCUACAAGGGUAGUGAACUGGAUCAUGCAAUGUGUAUCCACCGGCACUUACUCCUUAUCUAUCAAUGGUGGAAUUCAUGGUUUCUUUGAAGGGCUGUCUACAAAUACUCUGAAGUCGAAUAUACUGUGUGCUGGUAUAAAAGACCUGGAGUUGGAGGAAAUUAAAGAGAUGACGGAGUUCCAGAAUGGGGAGUUCCCUUUCAGAUAUUUGGGAAUUCCUCUUGUUGCCUCAAGACUGAAUAAAAUGCACUAUGAUCCCUUAAUUGACAGGAUUUCUUCACUUCUGAAUGGCUGGCCUAGUCAUACAAUCUCUUAUGCAGGGAGGCUUGAGCUUAUUAAUUCAGUGAUCCAGGGAGUGGAAUGCGUAUGGUUGGCAAUCUUUCCCAUUCCUAAAGCAGUUGUUGAUCAUAUUGUUAGAUUAUGCAAAACUUUUUUAUGGUGUGGAAGGAGAAAACCAAUAGUUGUGUGGAGAGAAGUAUGUUUGUCUAAAAAUGAGGGAGGUCUUGGUGUCUUCAACUUGAUGACCUGGAAUAAAGCUCUGCUGACAAAAGCUCUCUUUACACAGUGUAUCCUAGAAGUACUAAGAUGUACCAGAACCUCCGAGAGUCAUUUUGGUGGAGCAUUAUGA